AGAAAUGAUGGAAGAAUUGCAUAGCCUGGACCCACGAAGGCAGGAACUACUGGAGGCCAGGUUCACUGGAGUUGGGGUUGCUAAGGGUCCAUUAAAUAGCGAGUCUUCCAACCAGAGCUUGUGCAGCGUGGGUUCGCUGAGUGAUAAAGAAUUGGAGACUCCUGAGAAAAAACAGAAUGACCAGCGGAACAGAAAAAGGAAAGCAGAAGCGUAUGAGACCAGUCAAGGAAAAGGCACUCCUAGAGGACAUAAAAUUAGUGAUUAUUUUGAGUUUGCUGGGGGAAGUGGCCCAGGAACCAGUCCCGGUAGAAGCGUGCCGCCUGUCGCCAGAUCAUCACCACAACAUUCCUUAUCCAACCCCUUGCCGCGGCGAGUGGAGCAGCCGCUGUAUGGGGUAGACGGCAGCACAGCAAAGGAACCGCAGGAGGAACACUCUGCUCUGCCAACGCUGAUGUCGGUGAUGCUGGCGAAACAGCGGCUAGAGAAUGAGCAGCUGGCACAGAGGGGAGGUGGCCUCUGUUUUACUUUUGUCUCGGCCCAGCAAGGCAGCCCAUCUUCUACCGGAUCAGGGAACACUGAGCAUUCCUGCACUUCCGAAAAACAGAUUUCCAUCCAGCACAAACAGUCACAGUCUGACCUCACAAUGGAAAAAAUAUCUGCACUAGAAAACAGUAAGAACUCUGACUUGGAGAAGAAGGAGGGGAGGAUAGAUGACUUACUAAGAGCCAACUGCGAUUUGAGACGGCAGAUAGAUGAACAGCAAAAGAUGCUGGAGAAGUACAAGGAGCGGUUGAAUAGAUGUGUAACGAUGAGCAAGAAGCUUCUUAUAGAAAAGUCAAAACAGGAGAAGAUGGCAUGCAGAGAUAAGAGCAUGCAGGAUCGAUUGAGGCUAGGUCACUUCACUACGGUGCGGCACGGGGCGUCUUUCACCGAGCAGUGGACAGAUGGCUAUGCCUUCCAGAACCUCAUCAAGCAACAGGAAAGGAUAAAUUCCCAGCGGGAAGAAAUAGAAAGACAAAGAAAAAUGUUAGCAAAACGGAAGCCACCUGCAAUGGGACAGACCCCUCCAGCAAGCAAUGAGCAGAAGCAGCGCAAGAACAAGACCAAUGGAGCAGAAAAUGAAACGUUAACAUUAGCAGAAUACCACGAACAGGAAGAAAUCUUCAAACUCCGACUAGGUCAUCUUAAAAAGGAAGAAGCGGAGAUUCAGGCAGAGUUGGAACGGCUAGAGAGGGUUAGAAAUCUACAUAUCAGGGAAUUGAAAAGGAUACACAAUGAAGAUAAUUCACAAUUUAAAGACCACCCAACGCUAAACGAUAGAUAUUUGUUGCUACAUCUUCUGGGUAGAGGCGGCUUCAGUGAAGUAUAUAAGGCAUUUGAUUUAACAGAACAGAGAUAUGUAGCUGUGAAAAUACACCAGUUAAAUAAAAACUGGAGAGAUGAGAAGAAAGAAAACUAUCACAAACAUGCAUGCAGAGAGUACAGAAUUCACAAAGAACUGGAUCAUCCUCGAAUAGUUAAGCUAUAUGACUACUUUUCGCUGGAUACUGACUCGUUUUGUACAGUGUUAGAAUACUGUGAGGGAAAUGAUCUGGACUUCUACCUGAAACAGCACAAGUUAAUGUCGGAGAAAGAGGCGCGAUCCAUUAUCAUGCAGAUUGUGAAUGCUUUAAAAUACUUAAAUGAAAUCAAACCUCCCAUCAUACACUAUGACCUUAAACCAGGUAACAUUCUUCUAGUCAAUGGUACUGCAUGUGGAGAGAUAAAAAUCACAGAUUUUGGACUUUCCAAAAUCAUGGAUGAUGACAGCUACAACUCUGUUGAUGGCAUGGAACUGACAUCACAGGGCGCUGGUACUUACUGGUAUUUGCCACCAGAAUGUUUUGUGGUUGGGAAAGAACCUCCAAAGAUUUCAAAUAAAGUUGAUGUCUGGUCAGUGGGAGUCAUCUUCUAUCAGUGUCUCUAUGGCAGAAAGCCCUUUGGUCACAACCAGUCACAACAAGAUAUUCUCCAGGAGAACACAAUUCUGAAAGCUACUGAGGUGCAGUUCCCUCCAAAGCCAGUAGUCACGCCAGAAGCAAAGGCAUUUAUCAGACGUUGUUUGGCCUACCGAAAGGAGGAUCGGAUAGAUGUCCAGCAGCUGGCCUGUGACCCAUACUUGCUGCCUCACAUCCGCAAAUCUGUAUCCACAAGCAGCCCAGCUGGAGCUGCAAUUGCAUCAACCUCUGGAUCAUCCAAUAACAGCUCUUCAAACUGAGACAGAGUAAUAAGCCAAAAACUGCUUGAGAAACCGGCAAAAAGACUUUCAGAAACAGCUUUGGAAUAGAGGAAUCCAUAAGGGUCUCAAGAAACCUGUACCAGGUGCUUUUUUUCUCUUGCUUUUUUCCAUCCAUAGAGCAUGACAACAUCAACUCUCAUCAAGAAAACCUUCGGCAUCUAGGCCAAGCCAUGUGGAUAGGAGAUGGCUUGAGGUUUAUCCAGUAAAUGACCACAAAAGGGUGGCUGCUCUGAGCAAGGAGGGGAAACUCAA